AACGAUUUUUUGAGAAAAUUUAAAAAUGAACAAAAAUUGUCAAAACAAUUUUUUUAUUUAGUAAGCUAUUCAGGGUAAAGAUUGUGAAUACCAUCUCUAUAAAUAAAGCAUGGACUAUUCGCGCCUCCCCGAUAAGGCUGUUAAACUUUCUGAACUACUGGACCUAGCUCUUGGAACACCUGAUCCAGGGUCGGUUAACUUCGGAAUACUGUAUAUCAUUUUAUCACAUAUAAUAAAGCACCUCAAACUCAGCGAUGUGGAGCCAGAUGUAGAGAAACCUUCAAAUGAACCACGGUCACAGAAUGAUGUAAAAAUAUCAACUUCUGAAUUGGCCCCAAAUAUAUUCCAUAAUAUUCAAAAAAGAUUAACAACUAUUGAAUCUCAAUUAGCCUUAUUCAAUUCUUUACCAAAUAAUCAAGAUAUUAUUGGUUUCAUUGAUAAUGAUAUACAUAAUAAUAAUAAUUCAUUAGAUAAUUCAAAUGAUAAUUAUAGAAAAGUUACUAAUUUAUGGCAAACUGUACAAACUAAUAAACGUUUAGAUGCUACAGAAGAAGGUCUUCAUCGAUUAAGCUCCUUGACAGAUGAUCUACUUGAACAAAUCAAGAAGUUUUCAGAACAAAAUAGAGCAUUGAAAUCUGCACUUGAUGAAGCACUAUUAAACUCUGCAUUAAAGGAUCAAUUGGCUGAAUUAACACGAAAAUUAGGUGAAAUUGAAAAACGUCAGAAUCAAGAAGCAGCUCUUUUACAAAAUGUUGUUCAUAUGGAUGCAUUACGUGGUUUAGUAUUUUGGCAUACAUUAGGCAAAUCAAUUACUGGAGUAGAUUAUUUAACUGCUUAUUCACAAGUCAAUACUACUACUACUACUAAUAAUAAUAAUGGUAAUAGUAAUAGUAAAUCACAUCAUGUCGAUAUUAUUGAUAAUAAUCUAAUGAAAGAGGAAUCAAAUCGUUUAACAAAGUGUUUACCAGAAGAAUUUCUUGAAUGUCCAGAUCCGGAUCUAUCGUCUACACUUCGAAAACUUGGAAAUGUAGCCUCUGGAUUUGAUUCAGUAGUUAAUCGAAUUGAACAACUUGAAGGAAUUAUAAAACAAAAAGCAGAUCGUAGUGAACUAGAAGGUUUGGGUGUACCAACAGAAUUAUAUGAAAAACUAUAUAGUUUAGAAGCUAUUGUUAAAGAGUUAGCCAAAGAAAGAGAAAAGAUUUAUGUGGAUUGUGGAACAUCGCCUCAUAUGCCUUAUCCGUCUGAUGAUAAGAAAUUAUUGAAAAAAUUACAAAAUACCAUGUCAAUAUUACAAGAGCAAAUUAAUCAAUUGAAUAAUACAAUUACUAAUGUACAAUUACAAUUUAAAAAACUCCAUCAUACUGUUGAGGAUGUUAAACAGUAUGCAGAUGAUUUGGAAACGCGUAAAGCAGAUGCAAGUUAUGUUGAUACACAAUUAGACAAGAAAGCUGAUCGUGAAGAUGUAAAAAGUUUCAUUAAUCGAUUAGAAUUUGAUAGUACAAAUCAAGCACUUGAAAAAUUAAUUGAAGAUCUAUUUGCCAAGUUAAAUCUAGCGGAAAAUGAACUCAAAUCAUUAUUAACUGAUUUACAAGAAACUAUGGAAAAUAAAUUAGAUCGGGAUGAAAUGGAACAAUUAAGAGAAUGGUUAGAGAAACGAUUUAAAUCAAUAAAUAAACGUUUAAAUUCAUUUACAAAUGAUACAUCACCAACUAGACAAAUAACCGAUGAUGCUGCUGGUUUAAAACGUAGUCUUAUGCAACAUUAUCAUUGUAUAUCAUGUGAUCGUCCAUUAGAGGUUGCUUUAAGUCAAGAAUAUUUAGGCAGUUACCCAGCUGAUAGUCGAGGAUUUCCAAUGAAUAAAUCCAUACGACCAUAUACUACAUUCGAUUUAGAAAGUUUACGUCAUCAAAUACAAACACGAUCUAAUAAAGCAUUUUAUGUAGAUCCACCAUAUAGACGAUAUAAUUGUAAUUAUUAUGAUGUUUAUGGUGGUACACCACGUCAAUGUGGUGGAACGCAUACAACUGCACCAUCGUCCAAAAGGAAAUCACGUGCAACAACGUGUAAAAGCUCUCUUCAUGAUGGUGAUGUCACAACAAAGUCUUCCAUUCCAUAUACUCACAGAGAAACUCUUAAUUUACAAGGUAUGGAUGGUCAUAUCUAUCGUGGUUCGCCAAUACAAGAAAGUCAACAUUUAGUAAAUAAUAAUGAUUUGUUAGCAGGGAAAGAUGAAGAGAAUUUAGAUAAAGAUUCUGAUCGAAAUGAAAAACUACCACCAGUUUCAAAGUCAAGUCGUUAUGUCAAUACAGUAACAGCUCGACCUCAAGUUACUUAUAAAUAUAUCAGUUCAGAGAGACGUGAAAAAAGUCAAUCACCUCAACAUAUAAAACGUAUUAAUUCAGAUGAAUUUCAAUUUAAACAAUUUAAUUCAAAUGGAAUAGAACAAUUACCUCAAUUAAUAAUUGGUUCAACACAAUUACCUAAUCAACGUCAUCGUAAAAUUUCAUUAAAUCAAUCAAAUUCUAAAUUAAUUAAUGAACAUAUAUCCGUUAAAUCAAAUGGUUAUGCUGUUAUUGUUGUACCAAAUACUGGAACAAUAGAACAAGAAACUCCAGAGCUGAAAACAGAAAAUGGUUGGAUUGCUGAAAGGUUGAACAAUGAAUUAAAUGAAGAUUCAUCUCCAACUGGUAAAGAGAAGCAUAGUUCAACUUAUCCAAGUCCAGCUACAAAUGAUAAUGAUGAAGGAGAAGAGGAAAUAGAACUAGUUACAAUAGAACAAACUUCACCAGAUGUGAAUAUUACAGUAGAUGAUAUCUCCAACUAGAUACUAUAAAAUCAAUAGUUACCAAGUGUAGUUACCCUAUUUCUCUAUUUGAUAUUAUUUACAUUUAUAGAGACAUAUUUGAAAAUCGGAUCAAAAUGUUAAUCAUUUCAAAAUAGUUCUUCAAAUGAACCUCCUUUUUUUUAAAAAAAAAUUUGAUUAAUCUAUUUUUUAACUUACAUAUAUAUAAAUAUACAAUUCAACGUUCAAUGGUAUGAAGGAUCAGAAUUAAUUAUUGAACAUUGAAUAUUUCAAAUAUUAAAAACUAGAAAAAUGACAAACAUAGACAUUUUUCAAACAAACAAACAAAAAUCAAUUAUUGAUCAUUAAAUAAACAAUUUGCAUAGAAACAAGAAAAAAAUUUUUUUUGUAAAUUUCGAAUUUUUCUUCAUGUUGAUUAUAAAAAAAACGAAAGAAGAAAAAGAAACCGGAAUUCAAUUCAGUAAAACAAAUAAUCAUAUGAACUAAUAUUUAUUCAUAUUAGGUAAAUGAUAGUAAGCAACAAUAUUUUUCUUUUUCUUUUCUUUGGCUUCCAUUCAGUUAGUUAGUCAGUCAGCAACAACAACAACAACAACGUAGAACUUUGUACGUGUGUACAUUACAAUUUCAGUUGUCAUGCCAUAUUAGCUUCCAUUAGUCUUUUCUAGAAGAAGAAGAAGAAAAUUUCGAUAUGAAUAUAACAAAGUGUUUGUUUGUUUAUUGUUGGUAAUAUUUCGUUUAUUGAAUUUGUUCAAUGUUCCUAAAAAAUGGAAAAAAAACUUUUUUUUCCUAGUUAUUCAAUGUUAUAAUGAAGAAACAAGAAAUAUUAAAUUAUAUGCAUGAUUAUUAUUAUUAUUGAUUUUCUCUAUGUAACAUAUAUAUAAGUGGAUUUUUGCAAUAAGCCCCCAAAUGCCCUGAUACGGCCGAGGGUAGUGAGAGUUAGCUUUCCCUCUCGAAAUAUCCUUACAUGGCCAUGUGUAUACUGUCAAUGUCAGGGAAGUCCUCACCACUACCUUCUCGUGACAUUACUGUCGUUUACGAAAGUGAGGAGAUGGAAAGCGAAUAUCUGGCACUUUAACCGGGUUGGUGAAUACAGAGGAUCCACCGCACCUAUGGGAAAUGUAAAACCCUGAUUCCAAACUAAUGGCGCACAUGGACUCCAGGAUCCUGAAAGAACAAAUGGUGUAUGAACCAAUUAUUGGUCACCGACUACCAUGGGACUGCAUCUCCUUACAUUGCUUCAUUACCUUGAGGAUUAGACCUUCAGGUCAAAGGCCUGGAUUUUGGCCCGUUAAGAAAAUCGCCUGUUUCGUUCUGGGCACCCGGCCAGUAUCAUAAUUCACAUACAAAUUAAGUGACUUGUGUGGCGUAUUUGUACUCAGUUCCUCUUUGCACCAAUAUUUAUGUGUUCAAAUAAAUAAAUA